AUGAAGACCUCAUUUGCCGCUCUUGCCCUCGCUCUCUCCGGCUCUGCCGUGGGUGCCCCGUUCUCUAACGGCACUCGCAUUGCAUCCAACUCUUCUACUGUGUCGACUCCUGUUCAUCAGUCGACCGGAGCAUCUCCUCCCAGCUCCCUCGCUGCCUUCGCCACUGGAUCCCCAUCGUCUUCUGCUACUCCCUCUGGAUCCGCGUCUUUGACCUCCAGCCCUAUCACCGGCGGCAGUGCUGUGAAGCGCGGAGAGGCACUCUCCAUCCCGACAGACCUUCCAUCCCUGGCUUCUGAUGCUCAGUCAGUUGCUGCAGCCCUCGCUUCUGCCGGCGCUAGCGCCCAGAAGCGUGGCGAGUCGCUGUCUAUCCCUACCGAUCUGCCCUCGCUGCUUUCUGAUGCUCAGGCGGCCGCGGCUGCGCUGGCCUCCGCCGGAGUCCAGAAGCGUGGCGAGUCUCUGUCAAUUCCAACAGAUGUUCCAUCUCUGCUGGCUGAUGUUCAAUCCAUUGGCAGUGCGAUCGCCUCUGCGGGUGUCCAGAAACGUGCCCCCGAGACCCUUCCUCUCCUGACCCCCACGGGUACUCCUACUCCUACUCCUACCGCUCCCCUUGGAACUGGGCUACCUAAGUCUUCCAACUCUCUUUUCGCUUCCUCUACUGUUGUUGCCUCUCCUACCGGAUCUGCUUCUUCGUCGGGUAUUGCUUCAUCUAGCCUGCUCUGA